UCCCGCCUGCUAGUCAGUCUAUCCGUGCGCAGUGAAGGCGCUGGCCAGAAUAUUUCUGGCAGAGUUUUCGCUGAGAACGUCGUAUGUGCCGUUCACUGCUGGCACUGAGCGCUGAGCCUCACUUCCUGCGCAUGCAAGUGCUGUGCCCUUCGCUGCUGCCGUUCGCUCAGUGUGAUAUGCUUAUGGGGUCCUCGCUCGGGUGUUUCCGAGAUCCAAAUCCAACUUUUGCGUUUCCGCAUAAUUUUGCAAUCAGCUGUAACGUUAAACAGUGGUUCAGGGACCUGAGAAUGAAUAUGAGUUGAGGGCGGGAAUCCUGGCAGAGGCUGGCGGGUGUCCUCACGACUUCCUCCCCUGCUAUCCAC